AUCACAUUUUGUUUAUUCAUUCAUUCUUUAAUGGGCAUUCGGGUUGUUUCCACAUUUUGGCUACUGUGAAUAAUGCUGUUGUGAACUCUGGUGUCCAAAACCUGUUUCAAUUCCUGUUUUGAGUGUAUACCCAGAAGUGAAUUUAUUUACGCUGAAACGUUCUAUUUAAAUUAUAUCCUGUAGUAAGGUGCACACUCCUUUAAUGAAGACAGUCUGCUAAAACUAGUUUCCCUAAGUCAACAGGGACCUCUCAAACUGUAAUGUGAAAGUAUCAUUGCGUUUUUCUUUUGAGACACGGUCUGAUUCUGUCACCCAGACUGAAGGGCAGUGGUGCAAUCAUAGCUCACGGCAGCCUGGGACUCUGGGAUCAAGUGUUCCUCCUGCCUCAGCCUCCCAAAUAGUUGGGACCACAGGCAGGCACUACCAUGCCCAGCUAAUUUCUUUUUUUGGGGGGGGUAGAGACGGGGUCUCACAUUCCUGGGCUCAAAUGAUCUGCCCGCCUCCCGAAGUUCUGGGAUUACAAGCAGGAGCCACUGUGCCGGGCCUUAUACUUGAAUUUUUGAAGCUUAAUCUUUAGUUCUGUACUUCUUACCUAUGGAACUAGACUCCCCCAAAUACCAAAAACAAGAUUGGUGUAAUUUAUCUUUCUGUUACCCUAAAGCUGUUAGCAUAGUGCUUUGCAUAUAGGUGUUAAGUGUUGGAAAAUACAGCUCCAAUAUAUCAUUUACGGCAUAUUAACAGGCUAUUAAUUCAGUAGUAAAAACACCAGCUUUUGCAUCUUUUAAAAUAGAAGUCAAUCUUUUUUCCCCUGAAGAAGGCAGCUUCGUCCCUCCAGUCACCCUGUAUACUCUUCCAUCACAUACAGGAAAGAAAGUACUUAUAUAUAUUAAGUAGUCUCCGGCGGGAAGAAGGGCAGGAUACAAUAACUUUUCUAAGAGAUCGACAGUUCUAUUCACAGCACUCGGGGAAAACUAGUUUGGGGGUGGCGGGUUGGGCGCUGGGAGCGGAAAUGUUUUUCUAAGCGCAGGUGUCACUGGGCCAACUUCACUCAGCCUAGAGUUCUUAGCCUCGGUGGUCUGCUCUGGGAUCCAAGCCGCCGGCUUCCUCGAGCGGAGUCUGGCUACUCCUCUUGCCGCCUUCCGCUGGCCGGGACCGUUUUUUAGGCCUUUGCCGCGCCUCGGGAGCGCUACCAACCCAACAGUCGCCCAAGCCCGAGCCGCCUUCCUGCUCGCGGUCUGGCUACGCGCUCAGAGCCGGGGGCCUCUGCCAACAGCCGCCGCGCCGGUACGGCAUUCAGCCGCGGGUACGCGGCGCGGCGGACGCAGCGGUCCUCGCCAAGAUUCGGGAGAGGAUCUUAAAAAUGGCUUCCGGGCAUGCGCCACAGCUGCCGUUACGAUACGCAAAACCGACGCCUCGGAGCCGAGAGCCUAGAGGGACGGGGCCCAGCGCAUCAUGGGGUUCGCGGGGCUCAGGGCUGACCGUGAGACUGCACGAGGCUGGCGAGCCCUUGGGGGCGGCCCAGGCUUAGGUGUGGGCGCAGGCGUGGCCGCGGCGGUAGCGUUACGCAGCUAGGCUGCGCGUGCGCGGGCGUGAGGGCGGCGCCCAGAGUUGAAGACGCUGGCGGCUCCGCGCCGAGCUUUGCUUUUCCGGUUGGGAGUGAUUUUUACUGCAAGGUGAUGGAAGCGACGGCCCGUACAAAGACAGAAGCGUUGGCUCCACUGAGUCAGUGCUGAUUCUCUCAAAUAGAGCCUGCAGGAUAAAUCUUCAUUUUUGUUUCAACAAAGCGUGGAAACAAAAUGGAAGAAAACAACCUACAGUGCAAUAGUGUGGUUGAUGGUAAUUUUGAAGAAGUUCCCAGGGAGACGGUAAUAAAGUUUAAACCUCCACUAUACAGGCAGCGGUACCAGUUUGUUAAAAAUUUAGUGGAGCAACAUGAGCCCAAGAAGGUUGCAGACCUGGGAUGUGGUGAUACUUCACUCUUAAGGCUGCUAAAAGUCAAUCCAUGCAUUGAAUUCCUUGUUGGAGUAGAUAUUAAUGAGGAUAAAUUACGAUGGAGAGGUGAUACGUUAGCUCCUUUGAUGGGUGAUUAUCUGAAACCUCGGGAUCUAAAUUUGACCAUCACAUUGUAUCAUGGGUCUGUUGUGGAGAGAGACUCUCGUUUGCUUGGAUUUGACUUGAUAACGUGUAUUGAACUAAUAGAACAUUUGGAUUCAGGUGAUCUGGCCAGAUUUCCUGAAGUGGUAUUUGGGUACCUGUCUCCAUCCAUGAUUGUCAUCAGCACACCAAACUCUGAAUUCAAUCCCCUGUUCCCCUCAGUGACCUUAAGAGAUUCAGAUCAUAAAUUUGAGUGGACCAGAAUGGAGUUUCAAACCUGGGCUUUAUAUGUGGCAAAUCGCUAUGAUUACUCCGUAGAGUUUACUGGUGUUGGGGAACCACCAGCUGGAGCUGAGAAUGUUGGAUACUGUACCCAGAUAGGAAUCUUCCGGAAAAAUGGAGGAAAGGCAAUGGAAUCGUGUGUUUCAGAGCAGCAUGAUCAGCAUGUUUAUAAAGCUGUUUUUACCACCUCGUACCCGAGCUUACAGCAGGAAAGGUUCUUUAAACUUGUGUUGGUUAAUGAGGUGUCCCAACAAGUGGAAAGCUUGAGAGUAAGCCACCUGCCACGGCAGAAAAAACAGGAUGGGGAAUGGGAUGAUACACCCAAAGACUCACAGGCCUCCAGCCCAUGCUUUGGACCAGUGUUCACAGAGGUUGAGAAAGCCAAGAUAGAGAACUCUCCCAAACCCUUCUGUGUUGGAGAUAAAUUUUUUGUACCUCUGCAGAGACUCCUUGCUUAUCCCAAGUUGAACCGCUUAUGUGCUAACGAAGAGAUGAUGAGAUCGGGCAUUGCUGACUCAAUUCCUCUGAGCAGUGAUGGUUCUGCCGUGGUGGCUGACCUGCGUGAUUAUUCUGAUGAGCAGUUUUGAGUUUUAAACCAUCUUUAUUUCCUGAAAUACAGGGUCUCAGCAAUAGUUGUGUUCACUUAGAAUUUAGGUGUUUGUGUGUGUGUGCAUGUGUAGUCCGAAUUCAAGUAAUGUUUUUAAAGUUUCAGUGCAAAAGUCUAUGUUCCAAGCCAUUGGACAGAACUGCUUGACAUAUGGCCAGACUGCAGUAAGCCCUGAGAAAGAUAUUAGGGUUUAACUAAAAACAGGUGCUUUCCUUUGAUCUUGGACUUUUUUUCCCUCAAGAAUAAAGAAAAGUUGGAUGUGGUAA